AAGCUAUUGAAAACCACUACUACUCUCCUGACUUUAAAGACAUCAAAAACCAAACGAUUACCUUAAGUCUUUCAAACGACUAGUCAAGCAACAGCUGACAGUUAUUUAAUAGACUUUUAAAGACAUUUUCAACAUCAUGUCUGAUUUGAAGGAUAUCGAGACCAGCAGGGGUGGUAUUCUGCGAAAGCAGACUUCUGCCCCUUCAGGUUCUCGGGUAACCUUCGCCCGUCCGCGGGCUAAACCGGAUGUGGAAUUGAGCCAUUCAGUUGGUAGAUGGACUGAGAGCAUGUCUAGACCAGCACAGGGGCCAAAAGGCUGGGAUGUACGAGAUACAUACCAGGAGUUGGCCUACGCUCCAGCCUCCUAUUAUCCAAAGAUGUUUGUCCUACUGGGAAAAACAUAUGAGGAUGAGGGGGUCCCUGCAGGUGUUAGACAGAAAAAGCUUACAUCAACUGAGAGGCUCAGGAUGUCCAUGACUAGAAUGGAAGCCUCACGAAGGGCCCGUUUAUACUCGGAUGAGGAGGCACGUUGGGCCCUUCUACAGAUUUUGAAAGAUUGGUGUGGCCCUGAAGCUGAUAGACAAGAUAAGAUCACGGGUUCAUCAGCUGAAGGGCUUGUAAGUCUCGUUGAAAGCAGUGGGGAGCGAGAUGCUCAACUGAAGUUGUGCGUCUCUGCCCCCGCAGCUUUCGAAAUGUGGGCUGUCCCUCCGGGGAUAGUUAAUGAUGAUGAGUUGGUCCCUGCAGCUGGUAGACAGACUGCCAUGUCUACACCAGCUCAGGGGAAAGAAGUAACAAGCUGCGGUGAACGAGAUUCACAACGGAGGUUGUGCGUCUCUGCACCCGCAGCUUGCGAAACAAGGUUUGUCCUUCCCGGGGCAAUUGACGAUGAAGAGUGGGUCCCUGCAGUUGUGUCUACAUCUGCAGCGGCUUUAGAUGAAGAGGAGAGAAGCUUACCAGUGGGAAGACAGAUUGGAAGAGGUGCCUUUAGUAAAGUGGAUGAGGGGACGCGCAAAUCUGAUGGCAUGAAGAAGUCUGGCAAGGAAAUCUACACUAAAAUACCCUCGAACCCAAGGACAUUGAGACAAACAGACCCAGUUCCGGCCGCCGUGGAGGUCAACACACCACUGAUCUACUGGCCGUCCUUCAACAUGAUGCCCAGCCGAUGCCUGACCAACGACCACCAGCGGAACCUGUUUAAUCUCCUCAUCCGUUUACAUAUAUCUCCCAAGGGUUUUUUCCCUCCUAGGACUUUUUUCCCUCCUUGCAAAAAAAUUUGGGAGGUUUUUCUCCUAGGGGGUUUUUUCAACCCGGGGAGUCAGCCGACAUUGGCUUUACAUAGCACCCUCUUCUAUACGUUACAUUAUUAAUACGCUCGCUUGUAAAGUUUAUUCAAAGCCGCUGUAUUUUGCUACUUAUAUUGUCUGUCGAAUUUGCUGUGUUUUUUUCCUGUUUCUAUUAAUGUAAAGCUGCUUUGAAACAAUUACAAAUUGUGAAAAGCACUAUAUAAAUACAAUUUCCAUUCAAUUUUAUUUUGAGUUUGAAAGAUUUCAUGUUUUUAAUAUUUUACCUCUAUUUAUUGAUUUAAUUUAUUGUGGUUUUUUUGUUCUUCUGUCAGUGCAGCAUAUUGUUAAAUAUAAUAUUAAUGUACAUUGUAAAUACUAUACCACAAGUAUUUUUAUAAACUUUUUUUAUUAGUUCUUGUUGUUGUUAGUUAUUUUUUUUUUUUUGCCUUAA